AAAGCAAAGCGUCAUUGCUGGGCUAUCCCGCGCAACCUUCCUCCUCUCAGUUCCAAUCUCUCUCUCUCGUCUCGAAUUCCUUUCAAUCUCCCUUCCUUAAAAUCUUCUCCUCUGACUCCGAUCCGCGUCUCCAACCCGACCCAAAUUCACCAAAUGGAUGAAGCAAACCCCACCACAACAGACGACGCUUCUACUCCCGGCGAAUCAUCGAAGCCCUCCUCGCCGAAGCUAUUAACCGCCGGUGAUCGGAAAAUACUGAAGGUGGAGCGAAGACAAGGGGAGACGACGUACGUUUCUUGGAAGAAGCUUAUGAAGGAAGCUAGCAAUAGCAAGGGGAUUGGUUCGUCUGAUUCGGGCCUUGACCCGCCUCCUAAUGCUAACCCUAAUCUCGAGUCUCGCAUUGCACCCGGUCCACCAGCGGAAGGUGAAACGGCUGACCAACCUCAUUCUAAUCGUUUCAACGCUGUUAUAGAGAAGAUCGAGAGGCUCUACAUGGGGAGAGAUAGUAGUGAUGGGGAAGAGUUAGAUGGUGCUCCUGACGAUGAUGAGUAUGACACUGAAGAUUCAUUCAUUGAUGACGUUGAAUUGGAUGAGUAUUUUGAAGUUGAUGAUGCGGAAAUUAAACAUGAUGGAUUUUUUGUCAAUAGCGGAAAGUUAGAGCUGAUUGAACCGUCAACAACUACAGCAAUACCGAACCAAAAACCAAAGAAAAGGCAAAGGAAAGAGUCAGCAAAACCUUGCGGAGAUGUUGCUGAUGCAUCCAGAAAACAAGCCAAGAUUGCUAAGACGGCUGGGGCGAAGGAUCAAGCAGCUGCCUCUAGGCCCUCUCCGAAGAAAAAGUCCAAUGAUUCAAAGACAGUGCAGGAUUCAGUUUUGGAAAAUGUGAAGCAUAGUGAUAAAGCGAAUCUUCAGCCAAGGAACUCCACAAGUCCAAAGUCAAAGGCAGCUGAAUCUUCUGGCGCUCUUCUUCUGAAGUGCAGCAACAAAGGUACUCAUCAACAAUCUGAUUCACAGCCAAAUGGUUUGGCUAAAUCAACAGUAGCCCGUCGGAAUGAAAACAACGGCACUCAUGACCUGGGCAACGCAACGAAAAGAGGGGGUUCUAAUACUGUCAGGCCUAAGACCUCCUCCACACUUGAGAAAGCCUUCAAAGAAUUGGAGAAGGUGGUUGCUGAAUCAAGGCCUCCUGCUGCCACUGAGAACCAAGAUGCUGAUACCUCAUCCCAAGCAGUGAAGAGAAGAUUGCCAAGCAACGUGAAAUUGAAGCUUGCCAAAGUUGCUAGGCUUGCGGCGAGCCGAGGGAGUGUAUCAGGAGAGUUAAUCAAUCGUCUCAUGAGCAUUGUUGGGCACCUAAUACAAGUUAGAUCGCUGAAGAGGAACUUGAAAAUCAUGAUUGAUUCCGAAGACACUGCAAAUCGAGAAAAAGAUACUAGAUUUCAACUUAUCAAGAAUGAAGUUAUUGAGAUGUUAAAAACACAAGUUCCAUUGAUGGAAUCACAGGCAACUAAUCAAGAAGCUGGAACAUCAGACGAUUUUCAGGAUGUUGAAAAGCCACCUACGAAGAAGAAGUUUGUCAUGGAUGCGGCGCUGGAGGACAAAUUGUGUGACCUAUAUGACAUCUUCGUUGAUGGAUUGGAUGAAGAUGCAGGUCCACAGAUCAGAAAGCUUUAUGCAAAUUUAGCUGAACUCUGGCCAAAGAGGUUAAUGGACAAUCAUGGGAUCAAGCGUGCUAUUUGCCGAGCAAAGGAAAGGCGGAGAGCAUCGAAUGGAGAUCUUGGGAAGGAGAUGGAUCAAGCGAAGAUAACGAAGAGGAAACAGACCCAAGUUGUACCAAAAUCAGAGGGUACUGCUGCUUAUCCCGACAAGGCUUCAAGUAGUGGAGAUAAAACAUCAGGUACUGUCCCAAGCGCAACCACCACGUCCGUAGUCCAAAUUACAGUGGACUUGUCCCGUGACAAGUCAAAGCAGCAACAUGAGAAACGAAAGGGAGCCUCAAGCUCAACGGAAGCAAAGGCAGGCAGAAGAAAAACAGAAAAGAAUGUAGAAGAAUCUCACCUAUCCACAGAGAAACAUCUUGUUCUGGCUCCCAAGCAGCAGACACAAACACAGGCUCCACCGGACCUGAAUCUGAACCUGCCAAGCUAACUACUCAGGCUUAGUUUCUCUUAAGACUUUCUCUUUGGUAGUCAAAGCUUGGCUCUAGCCUUUGUCUUUGUAGCCUUCGCUUCUAAUUUUACAUCUAGUUAUAAUUUCUUUAAUCCCAUA